GUGAAACUUCGGAUCUGAACAACUGCAGCGCUGAUCUGAGGUCAAAAAACCCAGAAGAAUUUCUGCAAAGACAAAACGUCUUCAUCAAAAGAAGAAAUGCUGGUUCCAUCAGAUUAUUUUCAGAUUAUCGUGUGGAUCAACAUCCAUCUCUGCUUUCCUCUCACCUUUCUGGCAAUUCCUCUGUGUUUUAUGGUCCGAUUGGAUCACAUUCCUGUCUCCUACUACAUAAACCUCCUCAUAUCCAAUUUGAUGCUGAUCAUCACUCUGGUCUCUUAUGCAUUUAGUCCUUCUUUCUACUAUUAUGGUGCCUUCAUGCAUCGUGUUUUUCUCUCCUACUUGUGCAGUGGGGUGACCAGUUCUUGCUUCAGGAUGAUUUUUGCAGUAGAAAGGUUUCUUUCCCUCUACAGGCCACAGAUUCACUUCAUUAGAAAGACGAAAGGCUUUGUAACAUUCUGUGUUUUGGCCUGGAUUCUUUGUAUUGUUCUUUGUACUAUUUUAAUAUCUUUCCCCAGUUUGGCCGGACCAAUAUCUCUCAUCUUCGCUGCCAUCAUGUUCAUCAUCUGUCUUGCUGUAACUCUCAAAUCUCUCUGUGUCGCCUCCUCAGAGUCGGCUGAGGAAAAGUACAGAGUUGUUGGAGCCUUAGUUCUUUUGCUGGUUAAUUACAUUUUCUUAAUUCUCCCCAUGAUUGAUUUUUCAAUCAAUCUAUAUUUCCGUGACUUGAACACGAAUAUAUUUUUUACCUUGAGUCUUCACUGCCCUGUAAUAGAUUUCCUGUUGUUGGGUUUUAUGUCCAAAGGACCUUUUAUCAGGCUGCUGAUGCGUCUCUGCUGCUGCAGGAAGACGAAUCCUGCAGAGAACGACAGCAGCAGAUCAGAUGCUGGAUUAUAGAUUAUAGCAUCUAUAAUAAUCAGAGACUAAGGACAGAGGAAGGGUGUAAAAAUAACAAAAUACUUACAUUUAAUAGAAAUAUAUGAUGAAAAACAUAGUGAAACACCAAACAUACCAUAUCUUGGUAUAGUAGAUUCUGUAAUUUGGUUCAUAAUGCUGACAGUCACAAGAAUCACAAAAGCCCAAAAUAUGAUUAAUAAAAACUGAAAAAGAAAACCCUGCCUUCAAUCUGAGAAUAUUUACUUCAUAGCUGUUUUUAAUAAACAUAACAGUUACUGGUUCCCUCAGACAUUUAUAUAACUGGAAUUAUUUUUUUCUAAUAUAAACUUUAGGAGAAGGUUUUAGUCAAACAUGAUUUUCUUCUUCCUGGGGGAACAUAAGUUAUCCACCAAACACAAGAAGAAGAGAAAAAUACCUCAAAGCUCCGGUUGGUGAACCAACCUGGGUCAGUCA